AUGAACAAGAGAGCAAGGGAUGCCACGGAGUUCUUGUGGCAGAGAAUCCGGCCACAACUUCCAAAGAAGAAGGACCUGAUGACUCCGUCGACCCGCGGAUACACAACAUUGGGUGAAGCCGAGAUUCCUCCAGAAAUUGGCAAGCCGUUAGAGCUGGGUCCCAAGUUCUGCUUCGAGCCGGUCCUAAGCCCUCCCGAGUUGGUGACUCUGGCCAAGAACGUAGCAGAGAAGGCGACGGAAGGCGACAGGCCAAGGUGCAUUCACGAGUGUGUGGAAGUUCUUCAAUCACCAAGAAGAAGAGGACAGGUUUGUCCAAUUACCACUUUGGUGGAUUUCAUGGUAGACAGUGACCUACGUGUCAUGUUAUCCGACAAAGAGGGUCAGUUUGUUGUGUUACCAAAGGGCAUGUUCAAUGAAAAGGCAAACGCGGCCAUUGAGAAAAAUUUCAGACCGGUCAAUGUGGAUCUGAAGAAACUUCGAGACAGGGCAAAAGGACUUUGUGAUCGCCUGGCGUUAACUCAGCUGGCGGUGAGAGUAGGAAAAGCGGAGAAUGUACACCUGCAAGCGUUUUUCAGCGCCAAAACCCAUAAAGAAGGGUGCCCGUUUCGAGCCAUUGUCACGGAAAAGGGAUCGUGGCAAAGGCAGGUGGCCUCCUACCUACAAAAACAGUUAUCCUCAUUGAAUAUCAAGGACCAUUUUAGGGUUUUCAAUUCUUUGGAGCUUGUAGAGUACUUCGAAGCAGAGGGUCCAGAGAUGAGGCACGCAUGUAGUAUAGACGUGGAAGAUCUUUUUUACUCCAUGCCGCACGACAGAUUGCUGGAAGCAGUGAAAGGGUGCAUCGAAGCCAAUGGAGAACUGGCUUUUAGGAGUUCUAGUGGAGUAUCCCUGGAAAGCUUUUUGGAGUUGUUGUUAUUCUAUCUGCAGUCAAUGGUAGUCGGGUGGCAGGAAGGGUGCUACCGGCAAAAGUCGGGUGUGUGUAUCGGCUCUUGCGUAGCCCCCGUCUUAAGGGACAUUUACCUCGGUGAAGUGGACUGUGGCAUUGAAAGAGAGCUAGGCGGCACGAGUAUUAUCAAGAUAAUUCGCUAUGUGGAUGACUUUUUGGUGUUUUUCAGAAGAUCUGGAACAUUGGAAGCGUUGGUUGACACAGUGGUGGCGGUAUUCGAGAAGUGUGGGGGAGGCCUUAGGUUUACUUUUGAGGUCCCAAAAGAAGGGGUACUCCAGUACCUGGACCUUUCUCUGCGCAUAGGAGACUCGCGUGUCUGCUGGACCUAUCGUCCACGAUCCAAGAAAGGCAUCCUCGACUGGAGGUCGGCCCACUCGAAGGUUGUGAAGAGGGGCAUCGUUACAUCUUGUCUGAGCGCAGCACUCAAAAAAUCUUUCCUCCACACUUUGGGGGAGAGCUUUAGGAUACAGACAGAAAGACUGAGGAAAGCUGACUAUCCGACGACACUACUUUCAGACGUCGCAAGCAAACUGCUGAAGAAAGUAAAGGGUACCCAGUCUACACAACGGGAUGUGGAUCGCAAGCGACCUGUAGUUAUCCCGUACUUACACAGGAUCUCUCACAAUUUAAAAAAUGUUGGAAAAAGAUAUGGAAUCCCAGUGGUUUUCUCCGCACCAGAAAAAAUGAGCCAGAUCUGCCCCAGAGUUCAUGCGAAGGCAGAGGGAAUCGCCAGAAACAAGUGUAGCAAGAAGCACGCCAGGCCGUUCGUCCCAUGUGCCACGGGAGUAGUCUACAGUAUCCCCCUCUCGUGCGGCUCCACCUACGUGGGACAUACGCGACGGUGCUUGAAUGAAAGGCUCCGCGAGCACAGGUACUCCCUCGGAGCGACAGUGGGAGGACACCUAUCGGUUCACUGUAAAGAGUGCCUGUGCGAGCCGUCUUUUAGUGCCACCACCAUCUUGGGACGACACAGGGACAAAGUGACACGCGAGGUGCUGGAGGCCUUCCACAUUCAGAGGAGGGGAAAAAAGUGUAUCAGCGCAGCAUCAGUGGCGUUGUCAGGCAAGGAGCUGGAAUUCCUGAAGUUGAAAAUG